AUGUGCUGCGGUAACAUUACUCAACAACAGUCUACUACCAUCACAAUUAGUUUGAUCAAUAUGUCUUAUGCUAUUAAGCCAUUAAACCUACAAGGCGGUCAAUGCACUUGGUGUGGAAAAUAUGGUCACAAGCAUAUGUCAUGUCCAUUAUUAAAGUAA